AUGAGACUCCAUUGGCGGUGUUGCCGGUCGGCCAUGCCGCUCGCCGCCGUCCUCCUGAGUGUGUUUCUGCAGACUGGAGCGGUCCAGUUUGAUGCGCACUUCGAAGCAGCACAAGUGAAGAACAACGUCUCAUGGGCAAAAGAGGACUCCCAGAUCAAUGGAAAGCUGAAAGCCCUUGAGGCAAAGUUCAAGAAGAAGCCCAACAUCAUUUACAUCCUUGCAGAUGACAUUGGCUUUGGAGAGCUGGGUUGGCAGGGUGGAGGAAAACAUCGUGGUACUCCUGGACCUGGAUUAGAUGACAUGGCCUAUCAAGGCAUGCGGUUUUGGUCCUCCUACGCGGAGCCCUCCUGCACCCCCAGUCGGGUUGCCAUCAUGACGGGCCGUCACCCGGUGCGCACCGGGUUGACCACGGUGCUGUGGCCAGGGCAGCCGGAUGGGCUCAGCCCCGCAGAAGUCACGCUGCCCGAGGUCUUGUCUGCUGCGGGCUACUCCACGGCCAUGUGGGGCAAGUGGCACUUGGGUGAGGAGCCGGCGCAUGCUCCGGAGAACCAGGGCUUUGAGUAUGCCUACUAUGGCCUCUUCAAUGGGGCUCCCGACAUGUGGCCCGAUUCCGACACGGUGGCUCCGAACUCCAAUCCGGCGUUCUUGGAUUUUCCGGGGGUGGAGGCCUACAAGGAAGACACGGGGAUCGAUUUGUCGGUCUCGGCCUACGUGGGCCGCAAAGGGGCGACUCGGGAGCCGAUUGAGGGCUUGGCGGGUAAGCCAGGGCCGAAGAGGCAAGAUGCCUUUGAAGAGGAAUCCAUCACUCAGAUCUUGAAAUAUGUGAAAGAGAAAGCGAAUGACGCAAAGCCUUUCUUCAUCUAUUGGGCCACAUAUGCUCAGCAACUGUGCGGCGUCUCCUCGCACAUGAACGAGAAGCAUGUGGACCGCCUGAACUCCCAGGCGUCGAUGAUGGCGGCGCAUUCCUCGUAUGUGACAAGACUCCUGCAGACCCUGAAGGAUGAGAAGAUCGCGGAAAACACCUUGGUCGUGUGGAUCUCGGACAACGGCCCGAUGUACGCCUUCUACCCCAACAGUGGCUACUCCUGGCUAAAAGGUGGGAAAGGCUCAGUGUGGGAGGGUGGCGUGCGAACGCCAGCCAUGGCCUGGUGGCCCGGGAUGAUUCAAGCGAACCAGGACCCCGUGGACCUCCUUCAGAUCACCGAUCUCUACACAACCGCAGCUCGUUUGGGCGGCGCCUUGGACCACAUCCCCUCGGAUCGUGUCACGGACGGUGUGGAUCAGGCGGCUUUGCUGCUGCUUGGGGAAGGACAUGGGCGCAGAACGAAGAUCUUCCACUACAGUGGUGAUCAUUUGGGUGCCCUACGACGCGGGGACGUCAAGGCGCACUUUCUUGGAGGUGCUUCAGGUGGUCUGCCAAAGAUGGAGGCAUACAAUGUCAGGCGUGAUCCUGGGGAGAAAUAUGGCGAGUUCUAUCCAUACCUGUGGCUGGUGACUCCCAUCUCAAACGAUGUCAAAGCACACAAGCGAAUGAUGCAGAAGUUCCCCAACCGUGGCAGUGAGGGGCCAGCAUCCUGUGCAAAGUGA